UGCCCUCCACGGCCCCGCUGCGCCUCUCUCGCUGCCGGCCGCCCUCCGGUGGUUGGGCAGGGCUGGACCGGGCCGACAGGCUGAGGUGGUCCUGAGGAUCGCUCCGGGGAGACGCAGUGUCCGAGCGCCCAAGGCUGUGAAUGUGAGGACCCGCAGAGGCUGCGGGAAUCGGUGAGCAAGCCUCUUGCUGCUCUGUCAGCCCUUCCGUCUUUGUAAAGCAUUGUUGAUGGGACAAAGGAGUGGACGUCAGGGAACAAGCAAGAAACUAGAGAUGGCACUAAGAGAGACUCUGAAGGCAGAAGCAAAAGUACAAAAUAAUGAAGAGGAAGCUGAAGAGCUGAAGGCCAAAGUCCAGAGGCUAACAUCAGUCUUUGGUGUGGCAGACUUAAAAAAUGAAGCCAUUGGGCUGUACAAUGUUGGACACAGCUGCUGUCUGAACUCCCUGCUCCAAGUGUUCUUCAUGAAUAUACACUUCACAAGGAUACUGCGAAGGAUCACGGUGCCACUAUAUGCUGAGCAGCAGAAGAAGAAUGUCCCAUACCAAAUGCUCCUGCUGUUGGAAGAGAUGCAAUGUGGCAAGCAGAAAGCUGUUUAUCCCGUAGCCCUUGCUUACUGUCUUUCAGCAUACAAAGUGAAAUUGUUUGUGCAGCAUGAUGCUGCUCAGCUCUUUCUGACUCUCUGGAACUUGAUAAAGAGGCAGAUGAAAAAGCCAGAGCUGGUUGAAGAGCUGAGUGAUUUGUACACUAUCUGUAUACAGGAGCACCUGGCCUGUCAGAAGUGCUCUUUUGAAGAAAAGAAGAACAGCAGCAUGUUAACCCUUCCACUCCCACUGCUGGAUUCCAAUUGCCGCAUGCUGAAGACUCUGAAGGACUGCCUGCAAUGCUUUUUCCAUCCUGAAGAGCUGACUGGUCGCAACAUGUGUUUCUGUGACCAGUGUGGAAGAAAGACACCUUUUCUGCAGAGCAUGAAGCUAGUCCAUCUGCCACAGACCCUGACCAUACACCUGAAGCGUUUCUGCGUUGAAAAAGCAGCCCACAUUCACAAGCUUAGUCACUACCUGCCAUUCCCGCAAGACCUUGAUUUCAAUGCAGUCUUGACUGAAAGUCAGUGCCAAGCAGAUGACAAUGAAAAGGCUGACUGGCAGUAUGACCUCUUUGCUGUCAUUGCCCAUUCAGGAUCAAUUAGCUAUGGACACUACUGUGCCUAUAUUAGAAGUCUCACAGAAUGUAAAUGGUAUUGCUUCAACGACUCCGAGGUUUGCCAGGUAUCGUGGGAUGAUGUGAAAUGCACGUAUGGACAUUCCAACCUCCACUGGGGAGAAACAGCCUAUCUCUUGGUUUACAUGAAAAAACACCCACAGUGGCCUUAUCCAGGAGUAUGAGAAUGUCUCGUGAAGUUGUGCAUAUUCCAUGGAGAUCAGCACCUCUGUGCCAUUGUGGACGUGCACAAGUGUUCCACAAGAAAGACAUGGCCCACUCAGUCAGUGACCUCUGCCUUCACAUUUAUUUGUGGAAAAUUUAAUAGAGAGACUUAGCUAGAGAAAGGAUCUCAGAACUGUCACAACUAGAAAGCUUUUCUUUUGUAUGUUUUUUGAUAUUUACAUGAUUCUAUUUAUUAAUUUCCUCUUAAAAGAUAGUAAAGUUAGUUCUUGCCUCUUCUGACUUACCUGUUUCUUUAAUGCUGAUGCCUGGAUUCCAGUACAAGGGAAGCAUUUGGCCUGAAAGCCUGCCUGAUAUUCCAUUGAGGCAUGUGGUAUGACUGGAAAGCUGUGAUGGUCAUGGCUAGCCAGUAGGACCAUAAGAGUUUGAGACUUACUCUGCCCUUUUAACACCAUGUUAGAUGCUGGCAAGCUGAGCAGGGGACCCCAAAAGUCUUGAGAAACAGCUGGAUCAAGGACAAAACUUAUGACAUGUGCACGAGUGAUGUUUACUCCUUCAAACCUUCCUGAAAAUGAAUCACUACAGGGGCUGAAGUGUGUUUAAAAGUUGGUGUCAGCAUAAAGAAGUGUUUUUUAAAAUCAGCUGAUUUUGUAGUAGUUCUGAACUAGAAGAUGAGUUUGUACAUAUUUGUGCAGAUGAUUAUUGUUUUAGCAUGCUUAUCAGGCAUUUAUAUGUAUUUUCCUUCCUGUAUAGAGGAAAAUACUAAGAGCAACAAAGAUCCUGAAUCUAGCUAGUGAUUUUGCACAAUACAAUCAAUACUGUGACAAGAGGAGAAGUGAGAUGCCUCCAUGUGCUAGAACUUGAGGGAUUCCUUAGUACACUUCAGCUGUCUGCCAGCUGGAGCUGUCCUGCUCUCUCCCUUCCUUCUCUGACCGUGAAUUUGGAAACACCUUUCAAGCAGCAAGUGUUCUGGAGAGAACAGUUUUAUAAAGAAAGUAAGUAAUCUUUAUACCUCCCAUUGAGCCCUAUCACUCUGCACUGUUGGUUCAGGCUGUGCUCCCAUGACAAGACACACAGCUGGAGGGGAAAUGUAAAGAGAGCUAGAAAGGAAGUUUGGUAACAUGACAGUCAGAAGGAGAGAGUUCUAAAAGCUCACCGCAAGACUCAGCUGGGAGGAUUGCGAUGCUUUUGAUACACUCAUGGUAAGUCUCAAGGUAUCACAGCUUGUGAAGGGAUUGGUGAUUUCAGUGGAUUAAGAGUACCUUCUAGCCUAAGAAACCCUUUGACUGUAUCUUUACAAGGGUGCUGUUUUUGUGGGACUGAGCAUAUUUUGAAAUUAGUGAUUUAGUUAUAAUAGCUGCUAUAUAUAUCCUAAUUUUAUGUUGAUGAUGAAGUUCACAAGUCAUGUCCAUUUUCUGUUGGCAUGUGGAAGGUGAAUUGAGAAAUCUUGGAGCGUAGCUGGAAAUGACAUUUCUGUGACCUAGCAGGGGUUUGUUUCACUGCCCUGGCAAAAUCCAUUACUCUGUUCAGCUUCUGUAUUCAUACUGCUCAUUCUGGUUAAAAAAAAAUAAUCCUGUGUAUUGUUGUCACCAGGAGGAGGAAUUUUUAGCCUAUAUGCCUUCGGGAAUGUGUUAGACUCUUUCUAAAGCACCUUGCAGUAGGUGAGUAAGAAAACCAACCUCCUGUCUUAGCCAGCACUUUGCAUCUAUGAAGUAGCUGAAAGAUGGUGCACUUCCAGGAAGCUAAUGGGUUAAGAGACUGACAAGACAUUUAUGGUCUGAUAUAACUUGAGAUUUAAAAUCAAAAUAUGCUCAUGAAAAAUGCCUCAAAUGUGUCAUAACCUUCCAGGUAUAUCACCAAUCAAGGAAGAAAUCACUGAGGUAUAUUUAAGAAUCUCUUCAGUUGUUUUUUUCAAUGAAAAGUAAUCAAUGUUUUUCUUUUGAAUAAAAUAGUAUGGGAUAAAUGCCCUAGGAAAUAA